AUGGCGAGCACUGAGCCAGAGAACGAGCACCACGAAGAGGAAGCCGGAGCCAACGAAGAUGAGGACACCGGAGCUCAGGUGGCUCCGAUCGUCAGGCUUGAGGAGGUUGCGGUAACCACAGGCGAGGAAGACGAAGACGCCGUCCUCGAUCUGAAAUCGAAGAUGUACCGAUUCGAUAAAGCUGGGAGCCAAUGGAAGGAGAGAGGAGCUGGAACUGUGAAAUUGCUGAAGCACAAGCAGACUGGCAAAGUUCGACUUGUCAUGAGACAAUCUAAAACUCUGAAGAUCUGUGCCAAUCACCUCAUUUCGUCUGGGAUGAGUGUUCAGGAACACGCUGGGAAUGAAAAGUCUUGCUUAUGGCACGCUACUGAUUUUUCCGAGGGAGAGUUGAAGGAUGAACUUUUCUGCAUUAGAUUUGCAACAAUUGAGAAUUGCAAAACGUUUAUGGAGAAAUUCACUGAGAUAGCUGAAAGCCAGAAAGCAGGGAAAGAGAGCACAGAGGGAAACGAGGCCGCUGGUUUACUUGAGAAUCUUUCGGUUGAAGAAAAGAAAAGCGAGGAGAAAGCAAAGGAAGAGAAAGAAAGCCCUGCAAAGGAAGAGAAAGAAACUACCAAAGAGAAGGUAGAAGAAGAGAAGAAGACGGACGUCAGUGCUUGA